CAAUAGUUGGUGCUGGUGAGGCAGAUGGAUCCAGACAGAGAGGAAGAUGUGUUUUCAGACGCUGAGGACUCCUUCCCUCUGAGAGAAGACCAGGAAGAAGAGGACGGAGAGGAAGAGGAAGAAGAAGAUGAAGAAGAAGAUGCCAGGAUCUUCAACACCUGGAUGCAGCAGUACAGAGGAGGGGAACACCAGAAGAAGCAGGUGCAGGAAGAGAAGGAGGAGAAUGAGGAGGAUGGGGAGUCAGAGGGAGGAAGACCUGAAAGCAGGUGCAGCUUUGAGCCGCCGGUCCAGAUGAGGGUUGACCGCCGCCCCUCUUUGCCCUGUCCGGCCACCCUCUCGUCCAUGCAGUUGUCUCGCCUUCACUCCUCCACAUGUGCUCCAGUAACAGCCAGGGUUUUGCUGCGACGCUCCUCCUCCCGCCGCCUCCUUCCCACCCCACAGGAAGCUGCCGUCCCCCCGCUGGAGCGAAGACCCUCGCUCAUACCCACCAUUCCCGAAGCUGUGCCUCCUGAGAGGCGGGGCCAGUUCAGAAGACGGAACGUCAUGUCACUGAGCGAUGCGUACAGCAUGUGUCUGAUCUGUCAUAAUGACUUAAGCCAAGGAUCAGGAGGGACCAGAGAACUGCAGUGUACACACACCUUCCACAAAGAGUGUAUAGAGGAGUGGCUGUGGAGGAAGCAGUCCUGUCCAACCUGCCACGUCCAGGUGUGCAUACCUCAGCCUCUCUAUUGGAGCUCCACCAGGGUCAAGGUCCCYUGAGGCCUUCCUGAGACUGGACURUCUUCAAACAGGUCCUCUGACUUCAUCACUGAUAUCUGCUACCCAUCCUCUGAAAGAAGCACUUGGUUGCAGCUCAGCUCUGACGACAGAAUUCUUCCAGGUGAAAGUUUUUCUACUGCUACAGGUCUCUGAGAGCGAUCCAUGUCUGUCUCCUCAUGCUCUGUUUAUUGGGCUGGAUAAGUUUUUAACUGCAAGACCAACAAGUUCUCUACAGUUCAGCCGCCUGCCUUCAUAGCACAGCAACACCACUGGACCCCAUCGCCCUGAUUUUACACCAGAAAUCCUUGACAAGUGUUAUCACUGGUUUUUAAGAGUGUUACAGUGGAGAACCCUACAGAUUAUUAAAUGAAUCAUACCUACUAUGAGUUGAUGGUCAAACCAGCUUCUUCCAGUGAUUCCCAUUGGCCGAGGCUGGACGAUUCUUCUCCGGUUGAAGAUAUACUCAGGACUAAAAAACGUUUAAAACCUUCUUGAAACAGGCUAUGUUUCCCUGGCCAAGUAUUUAAAGGACUUUUUCUUUAUUGAGACAGUAUAUUUAUUUACCAAUUAAUUUUGUACACUGUUUUCUUCUACAAUGGCUAGAUUCGCUUGUCUGUUCAGCAUUUUGAGCUUGUUUUUAAAUGUUCUCAAAAGCUUGAUAUUUUUAUUAAAUAAAACUGCAGCUAUGGUUGGGAAACACUAGUGAAUAAUGUUGAGGCURAAUUACAACAACUGUAACCUCAUUAUAAUGUUUUAUUUUGUUUUGUUUUGUUUUGUUUAAAGAUUUAUCAAUGUUAUAAUGUUUUUUUUUUUUUUUGGACUGAUUACAUAUAAACAUAGGUGCCGGCUGCAUUUUGCUUUAACAUUGUACAAAAACMUCCAAGGAUGUAAAGUGGUGCUUUUACUUUAAUAAAUAAAUAGCUAUUUUAGUUUUA